AUGGUUGCUGCUUAUCUGGACAUGUACCGUCCCGAAGAUGUUGUGGAGAUUGGCUUAGCAACGCGGUUCGGUGCUAGCUGUGUCCCGGAUGACGCCACCAACGACACCAAACUCGUCGCAAGAGGACCUGACGACCGAACCGACGUGUCCCGUCCCCCGAUCUUUCAUAACUUUCUCCGCGCCUUCUACCCUUUCUCCCCCAGCUACGCCAUAAGUGAUUCGAGCGUCACACUCCCUCUGAAUGAAGGCGAUGUCAUUCUUGUGCACUCCAUACACACCAACGGUUGGGCGGACGGCACAUUGCUUGUCAGCGGCGCGAGAGGAUGGCUACCCACGAACUACUGCGAGUCUUACGACCCGGAAGAAAUGAGGAACCUUCUCAAGGCUUUGCUGAACUUCUGGGACCUCCUUCGCAGCACCGAUGUCAGCGAUAACGAGAUCUUUGGAAACCAAGAGUUUAUGAAAGGCAUCAUCGCCGGUGUGCGCUAUCUUCUUGAACGCACUCAUUCUCUAACCCGUGAAGCUGCCAUUAUUCUACGCCACGACGGCCUAAGGAGAGGCCGCAAAUCCCUGCUCGCCGAGUUGUCUUCUCUUGUAAAGACGGCAAAGCGGUUACAGGAAUGUCAAGGAAGCGUCCACGCCACUCCCGAUGAUGUGAAUAACUUGGUAGACGAGAUGAUUCUGAAAGCUUUCCGAAUCGUCACCAAGGGCGUUAAGUUUCUAGAUAUAUUUGACGAGGAUCGACGGAUGAGGCUCCCCACAACCUCUAUCAUGACGACCGUCUUUGAAGAAUCACUCAUAAUACCACCGACACCGCCGGCCGAUCAGCUUAGGUUCGAGAACGGAAGCGAUGCUGCGCCUGGAGAUGAUUCCUUCUCGGUGAGCACGAGCACCGAUACUAUCGCAAGGACCCACGACACCCUUCUUUCGCAGUUGGGAUCGUUUAUAGGGCGACUGCACCUUCAAUCCGAAUCCAAGACAGAGCUCGUCCGCGCGAUCAAGGCCACCGCGUCUUCUGGCGGGGAGCUUCUCGCAGUUGUUGACAUAAUAUGUGCGCAUGAUAGCAUCGGUCGGGAAAUGCUCGGCGUCGCGCGCAACAACCUUUUUGUCCGUAUCCAAGAUCUCAUCCAAGCUGGCCAAGACCUCAUUCAACAGGCAAUGGCUGAAGAUACCGAUAUUGUCAUGCCCGACCAGACAUUGCUGCUUUCCACCGCCGCCACCGGGUGUGUCAAGGCUGCAGGCGAGUGCGUGGAGCGAACUAGUUCGAUGAUUGCCCGUGUUGGCGAUUUCGAGUACCAGUUGCUCGACGGCCAAACUAGCGCAAGUAUCGAUGUCAGUGUACUUGAUCGCAUUCCCGAGGAACGUGAGCGUGCACCCUCGGAGCAUGCCGCCUCCGUCGCCGAUUCUUCAGCACCCUCCCUCGUUGAUGCUACCACUUCGGACGCCGAGACGAUCGAAGAUUCCACCACCGUCUCUGAAGUGGCGCGCCCAGAAUCGACAGACAAGGCUCUUCCGCGCCUCAACUUCCUGCCUCUUGACAAGCCUCUUCCCGAAGUGCCAACGGUAACAUCGCCGAUUGACCAAGAGUUCUUGACACGGCCAGAUUUCUCCCCGGAUGCAUCCCGCCCCUCCACUGCCGACGAUGAUAAUGUGUCUAGCCUCGUCUCGUCCGUCUCUUCUCUUCGACAGAGCCUUCCCCUUCCUAAGCUGGAAACCAGCCUUCCUCCCACACAUACCAACAAUAACUACGCUUCGGACGAACAACCCGUCGAGAUCGAGUUCCAGCCCUUGCCUCGAUACGAGAGCAUGACCGCCUCGAGCGCGGGAAGCACCAGUACCUACAUGAGCCGCGAUUCCGAGUCGAGCGCCGUUUCCCGUACCUCGACCCGUGCCACCACGCCUGACCACUCUAUCCGGCCGUCUAGCCACACCUCCACGCUGGAGGUUGGUGGUGGCGAUGGCUCCCAGCCUGUCGAGGAGGUGGACGAGGUUGAGUCGAGGCUCAUGGAAAAGACCUUUGCUCAUGAGCUCAUGUUCAACAAGGAGGGCCAGGUGACUGGUGGAUCGCUCCCUGCUCUGGUUGAGCGCCUGACAACCCACGAGUCGACCCCUGACGCUCUGUUCGUUUCAACCUUUUACCUUACCUUCCGCCUCUUCUGCACACCGCAGGAGCUGGCCCAGUCCCUGAUCGACCGCUUCGACUACGUUGGCGAGACCCCCACGUGGCCGGCCCUGGACGAGACCGACCGCGAUGCUCUCGCCCUCAUCGUCCCAUUUGCGGACCAAAAUCUUGGUUCCAUCAUUCCUUCUGCCGGCAGGCGCCUCGCUGAGCUGGCGGACCGAGUAUCGAGCGAGGGCUCCCUGGUCCCUCGCCUCGUGUCCUCGAUGGGCAAGGCUAGCACUUCGGUUACCCAGUACAUCCCCACCGACAGCACCCAGCCGGCACCCAUCAUCUCGCGCAGUCAGCUCAAUGCCCUCUCGAGCUGGCGCAGCGGCGGUGCCAGCCCUUCGAUACUCGACUUCGACCCUAUCGAGCUGGCGCGUCAGCUGACGAUCAAGCAAAUGAGCAUCUUCUGCAACAUUAUGCCAGAAGAGCUACUUGCCUCGCAGUGGAUGAAGAAUGGCGGUGUUGACGCGCCCAAUGUCAAGUCCAUGUCGUCGUUUUCCACCGAUGUUUCCAACCUCGUCGCCGAAACCAUCCUCCAAUACUCGGAGGUGAAGAAGCGAGCGGCCAUAAUUAAGCAGUGGAUCAAGAUCGCCCACCAGUGUUACGAGCUGCACAACUAUGAUGGCUUGAUGGCCAUCAUCUGCAGUCUUAACAGCAGCAUCAUUAGCCGUCUUCAAAAGACGUGGGACGCCGUCUCUCAGAAGCGCCGUGAAAUGCUCCAUACCCUACAGACCCUCGUCGAGCCGGCCCAAAACCACAAGCUCCUCCGCGGCCGCCUUCACGAUCAUGUGCCGCCGUGCCUGCCGUUCCUCGGCAUGUAUCUCACAGACCUGACCUUUGUUGACAUCGGCAACGCGGCCACCAAGCAACUGCACGCCCUGGGUCACGAGGGCGACGAAGAAGCGGGUGGUACCACGGUGAUCAACUUCGAUAAGCACACCCGCACUGCCAAGAUCAUUGGCGAGCUGCAGCGAUUCCAGAUCCCCUACCGUCUCUCCGAGGUGCCCGAGAUCCAGGACUGGAUGACGACUCAAAUUACCAGGGUCCGACAGAGUGACCCAAGCAACGUCCAGGUCACCUAUUACCGAAAGAGCCUCCUCCUGGAGCCGCGCGAGCUCGCUUCCCGCGCCAAUUCGGACGCGGCUUCUACCCUGGGCAGCACGUCAGCCACGCAGCGGGGUGCUGACCUCUUUGGCUGGAUGUCAAGAGGCGACCGCCAGACCAACGCAUCAUCGGCUCCUACUCAACUUUAA